CUGCCUGUGUCACAUGGAAGCACAGUAGCUGAGUCGAGGGGAUGCGAGCAGAGAUGGAGGGGGCUUGAGGAACUGUGGAGGAAAAACCUGGCCCUUGGAGAUAAUAGUGGAGAUACAGCCGCGGCAGCAGAAAGGCAGGUUAACACUUCCCAGCCUCCCUUCUGGCUGGGGAGCAGAGGAGCACGGACAGGGCGCACGAGGGGGUCAGCGGGCGCUCGAAGGAUGCCACAUGCAAUAUGGUGCAUUCCUGUUUUGUGAAGCCCAGGGAAGCCAAGUUAUCGCCUUUGAUUGAUUAUGCUCGCGGGGAGCGGCCGGUCCGAGGGGAAGCAGACACUGAAGGAAGCGACCGGGGUUGACGCUGCGCCUCCCAAAAUCUCUGAGCUGAAUCCCAGUGAGACCGUGGCACUUCCCGGCGUGCAUGAGUGUAAGGGUGUGAGUGUGAGUGUGUGUGAGAGCAAGUGAGCGCCAGCGCUCCCACAUGGCCUCCAUGCAGGACGGGCUGAACUUCACGGCUCCUCCCUACGGCAAGGUCCUGCUGCUGGGUGCUAUCGCUGCUGCCUCAGCCUUUGUAGUUACGAUCCUUAUUGUGGUGCUCUGCGUGGGCUGCCAGAGGAAGGGGAAGACACACAAUGUCCCCGGCGAGGGUGGAAAACACCGCCUCAUGGACAUGGGUAUACUCAGGCAGUCGAAGCUGCGGUCCAUCAAGGCAUCUAAAAAGAAAAGGCUAGCCAGCACGGACCUUCUGCUGCUGCCCAGCCGCCGGUCUAACUCUGACCUUCGUUCUCAAGGCAGGCAGCUUCCCCAGAUCCCCUCUGGGACUGGAGAGGACGGCGAGCACACUUACUCUGAAGUGGGCCGGCGCUCCUCCACUUCACGUACUGAUGAUGCCCUCUACGCCAUGGUAGGCAGGGCCGGUCAGACAGACACUCCGGCCCCUCCGGCCGUCCCUGCCAACACCCCGGCGCCCCCAGACCCAGACGGCGAUGUGGAAGGAGGGCUCCCCGAACCUGAGGCCCAGGUCAUGACACCCCCUCACCCUCCGGAGACGGCCGAGUACGCCUGCGUCAGGAAGCUGAGGAAAGCAGAUAAGGCGCCUCAAAAGAGGGACAGCGGGACGGAUAUGGGAGAACCACCGGCACCGCCUCCAAGACAUGCCCCGCCUUCACAUCCAGCUCCUCCUCCACCACACCCUCACAGCACCAAGUUGCCCCGUAGAAACGUCGAGGCCUUCAAUGUCCCGUCCUUCCCAAAGGAAGUGAUGUUUAUGGGCAACGGAGAGCAGUACAUCUGGAAGCCUCCAGAGGAUGAUGACAUGCUCAUGCUCCAAAAUAAAGCCCUGGGCCCGCUGAGUGCUCACACAGUGGAGAAUAUACAGCCGUCUGCUGCUGCGGUGGCCGAGAUGUACUCUAAGGUGUGUAAACCAGGAAAGAAGAAGAGAGCUGUGCCGGGGUCUCCCCCAGCCAACCCCGGCUUCCGGACCUUGGGUCGAGGUGACCGGGACCGAGACCGGGAUGGGGGGUUUAGUGUAGUGGUCAAACCCCAGACGUGGGCACCUCAAGAGGGCAAAGCAGUUGGUGGGCCCCUUGACGACCACUGCUACGAGUCCAUUGGGACAGAGGAGUGUGAUCUGGCCUAUGAGAACAUGGAAGGCGGAGGCGCCUGGAAGCGAGAGAGACCCCCUAACAUGUGUGCCACCCUGCGGCCAAGGAGGAAGAAAGCCCAGCAGCCCUUGCAGCAGCAGCAGCCCCCUCCACCGCCACCAACGCAGCAGACACCCAAGUUACAGCACCUGCCUGCCAAAGCCCUUCUGCUGCCGGGGGAGAACCUGUACGAGAGCAUCGGCGACCUGAAGCAGGGCUCUGCCACCUCCAGCACCACCACCAUCUUCACCUUCAACGAUGGCAUGGAGAUGUACGUAACAGGGCUCUGAGGCAGCGGCUGCACUGUGACCCCCUAUCCUUCCAACACAAGGAGCUGAGCUAAUGCCACAAGGAGUGACGGCUGAGCCCCUGUCAUGCUCACCCACACAU